AUGGAUGCAAGAAAGACUCCAGAAAUACGGAAGUCGGCCUAUUAUUCGGCAGCAAUGGCUUCUAUGUCAUCUGUACUAUUCGGAAUAUCACUUACAAUAAUGGGAUGUAUGCAUCCAUAUGUCUCAAAGAUGUGGAGAGAAACAAUGGACCAAACAGAAGUAGAUAACCUAUGGGGAAUAGUUUCAAGCAAUAUAUUUCUUGGAUGCUUGGCUUCAAACAUCUUGGCAAGUAUCAUCAGGCCAAAUAUGAAAGGAGCUUUAAUACUUAACAAUAUUCUCUAUACAAUGGGAUAUAUAACCUUUUUCUUUUCCCAGAGCUUCGGAUCCAUCUUUUCCGGGAGAUUUAUCAUAGGACUCGCUUCUGGAAUAACAUGUGCAAUUGUGCCCAUAUAUACCUCGCUUAUUUCACCGAUCGAGUGCAGAGGACUCCUAUUAUCAUUUCAUCCACUUGGAAUCACUGUUGGAAUAACCUUGGGUAACGCUCUUUCUUGCUUCAACACCGAAAGCACCUGGAAAAUUCCACUGAUCAUAACCCUGUUUUUGAUAGGAUUAAGCCUUAUAGGGCUUCUUGGGAUAACUGAUCCCUUCUAUCAAGAGAAGCCUUCAGAUAUAUCCCUCUAUGCUUUGAUUAAGAAUCGUAGGGCAAGAAGGUCUGUUUUCCUUGUGAUGCUAGUCCAUGUGUCUCAACAUCUUUGUGGCGUGGACUACAUAACUCUUUUCCUUAGAGACCUUUUCCCUGCAGAUAUGUACUCUCCAAAAAUAACCGCAGUAUUGAUUUCUCUGGCUUCUGUUGUCAUAACUGCAUUUUCGGGAAGAUAUGUCGACCGUAUUGGAAGGAAGCCCUUAAUCAUCAUUAGCUCCCUUGUUGCUGGUGGGGCAACAGCCAUGUUUACAUUCGGUAUAUAUCCAACCGCCGCUGCCUUGUUAUUUGUGGCCGGAUACAAUAUGGGUCUUUGCUCCAUCCCGUGGUUUAUAACGGCAGAAAUAUUCCCGCCAAAAUAUGCAAGUGCUGCAGGUCUUCUAGGAGUUUCUUUGAAUUGGGUUUCUGCAUAUACCACACUUGCAGCUCUUUAUCCAUUGCAUAUCAAGUAUGGAAGAAUUGUGUUCUCUUUCUAUACAAUUUGCAUGGCUUUGUUUGCUGGACUGAUGGCCGUUUUUUUCAAGGAGACUAAGAAUAAGGUCCCAGCCUUUCAGUAG